ACCACAGUGAGUCACUGCACACAAACAUACAGGGGCUGACCCAGCUCCUCUUCAUAUCCACCGCUCUGGUCAUUAAAGUUAAAUAAAUGUUGUUACCGUUGAAACAAAAAGCUCUGAAUGUGGCCAAAUGUAAAACAUGAGUGUGAGACAUCAGUGGAGUGAACUGACGGGACAUUCAGCUCCAGAACUGGAGGUGGGAGGAAGCUCUACCUGUCAGCCUGAAUCCAGGUGUACAGACCGCUGAGGAUGGACACAGGUGUUUCAGAGAUCAGAUUUAAACUGGACGACCACAAACACACAUUUGAAGUUGCUGAUCUGCAGUCAGUGGGGAGGAAACCACAGCAGGGUGAGAGUCAGUCAGAGAGGAAGGAGGAGGGUCUGACUGAUGUGACCAUGAAGUGAUGAAGUGUAGAUGUCAUAUGAGUCGGUGUCAGGAUGGAGGAAACAUGUCUGCUGCGUCUGCUCUUUGUGACGUCACUGCUGAGCGGCUGCACACACCAAGCCUCUCUGAACAUCAGUCCUAACAGAACUCAGAUGUUUGAAUAUGAGUCCGUCUCUCUGAGGUGUGAGGAGGACGACAGCUCUGAUGGAUGGACGGUGACGAGGAACACGACUGGAGGAACCAGGAGACAGUGUGGAGCUGACUGGGGAAGAAAAGAUGGUUCUUCCUGCACCAUCAGCUCCAUAAGGAAAUGGUACAGUGGAGUUUACUGGUGUGAGUCCACAGGCGGAGCAGCCAGUAGCAGCAUCACCAUCACUGUCACUGGUGGAGCAGUGAUCCUGCAGAGUCCUGUCCACCCUGUGAUGGAGGGAGAUGAUGUCACUCUCACCUGUACAACACAGACCUCCAACCUCUCAGCUGGUUUCUAUAAAGAUGACUCCUUCAUCAGGACUGAGCCUACAGGUCACAUGACCAUCCACCAUGUUUCCAGGUCUGAUGAAGGAUUCUACAAGUGUAACACCAUCAGUGAUGGAGAGUCUCCACCCAGCUGGAUCACUGUCACAGAGGUGAGACGACUCACCAACAGGAAGCCUAAAGGAAAUUACCUGCCCGUCUCCAUGGAGAUGGCUCCUCCCACCCAGGCUGAGCAGGGAUUGGCUGAUGAGUUCGAUGAUGUCAUGGCUGCUGUCACCACAGAGCAUCACCUCUGAGUUGAUCCAACGUGUUCUCCUUCUUCUUCAGUCACGUUUCCUUCGUAGGAGCCAGAACUCUUCCUGUGGAGCUGCUCACCUUCUCGGUUCUGUUCUUGUGGAUCCUGCUGCUUCUUCUCGUGAGACCCGCCCUCCUCCACCUCUGAUUGGCUCGUCUCUGUGGCGUUCCCACCAGAACUCUUCCUGUGGAGCCGCUCACCUUCUAGUUGGACGGGUCGACUGCUGAUUGGACUCUUGUGUUGUUCACUGAGUCGGUUCUGUCUCUGUGAUGAAGUUGCUGUUCUGUCUCUCAGUGAACUCAGCUUGAUGUGUUGAUGUUCUGAUGGUGUCCAGCUGAUCCACUUUCUGUAAAGUGUUUCUUUAGAGACCUUCGGUCCUGAUCGGACUCUGACAACGAUCCUCUUUGACUUCUGACGCUUUGAUUUACUUUCUGGAUCCUCAAACUUUGUGACUGUUUCCAGGUUUAUGUGACAGUAUUCCAGGUUUUCAAUGUGGUCUGAGACUUUUGGACCUGCUGUAUCUGAAAUGUUGAGCUGCACAUUAAACAGACUUUAUCCUUCA